AUGAUGGCUUUCAAUCCAGCGAUUGCUUUUAAUCCGGUAAGUUUUGGGCAAGGGGGCACUGUAUUUUGGCACAUUUUUUUGAGGGGAUUUUUGUUGUUGAAAAAAAUAGAACCUAGAUUUCUAGAAAAAAAAUUCGUAGCUAAUUUUGUGUACUGUACUUUUCAAGUCCAAAAUUUAAUUUAGCUCAAAAAAUGUUUGAGCCCUAGACUUAACCCAAAAUAUUUUAGACCAUAUUUUUAAAGCUUGAAAAAUUCCCUUAAAUUUGUUAAACCUCAGAUUUAUCCUAACAUUUUUUGCCUAAAACUUGGUCUUAAAAUUUUUGAGCAUUAGAUAUAGAUCCUAAACUGAGACCUAUAAUUUGGCCUUCUGAAAAUUUUUAGACCAAAUUUUUUGAAGCUCUAAAUUUACCCUAAUUGAAUAAUAUUGGCUUAAAAUUUGGCCAGCUAUAAAUAUUAUUUGAACUUUAAUUUGACCAUCUAAUUUUUUGUGAACAAAAAUUUUUGAUCUACCGAAAAUUCUCGAAAAACUGAUCUACCUGAUUCUAAAUUUCUACUUUCCAAAAAAAACAUGUCUCCAAUUUUUUCCACCUCAAAACCCAUUCUCAAAAUUCCAGCUGCUCACCCCAACCACCGCCAAAUCGGAAAACUCCUCUCCACCCGCCUCCAACCUGCUCUCCGCCACAACAACUCCAACAACCGGCGCCACACCAGCUCCACCAACUCCACAAGAGCAACAAAUGCGAUUCCUCGCCGCUGCUGCCGCCGCCGCUUCGAAUCCGCUUCUCCAACAAUUCCAAAUCCCACCACCGCAAGCAAUGAUGGCGCAAGCGUUGGCAGCGCAAGCACAAGGCGGUCUCGGUUUUCCAGUGGUUUUUCCGCCAGGUUUAGGACAGGUUAGUGACUUCUUAUCUCAAAAAAAACGACGGGAGCCCCCAGCAGCGCAAUAAUCCUCCCUUUUUUGUUCACCACCGACAAAUAAUAACAACAGCAGAGAAAAAAGGUAUACGGUAGGAGGCAAUGUUGAUUUAACGUCGUCAAAAUUAAAUAACACGAUUUUGAUGUGUUGUAUCCUAUCUAUCUUUUCAAAUACAUAUAUUUAUUUGAUUCUUCUCCCCAAUUUUUUUUGUGUUGUUGUAUCGUACAUGGAUAGAUUGAUAUAACAAACAUAAUAAAACACUAAAAACAAUUAUGAUGAUGAUAUAAUAAAAAUGUGUGGGGCGAGAACAUUGGGGCAGAUGAUAGGGGGGAAAUAUUUCGAAAUUUGGGCAUAGCUUCCGCGUCCCACCUGAAAUGCCCAGAAAAUCAUAGAAAUCUCGGAUUUUUCUGAAAUUUCAGCUUGAAAUUCCAGGAAAAUGCGAAAAUCUAUGAUUUUUUGCGCAAUUUCAGAAUUUUAUUCAAAAUUUGGGCAUAGCUUCCGCGUUCCACCUGAAAUGCCCAAAAAAUCAUAGAAACUUCAAAUUUUCCUGGAAUUUCAGCUUGAAGUUCCAGGAAAAUUCGAAAAACUAUAAUUUUUUGCGCGAUUUCAAAAAAAAACUAUUGAAAUUUGAGUUUUUCUAGGUUUUAGAAGAAAAAAAAUCAAAUUUUUAUUCAAAAUUUGGGCAUAGCUUCCGCGUCCUACCUGAAAUGCCCAAAAAAUCAUAGAAACUUCAAAUUUUCCUGGAAUUUCAACUAGAAAUUCCAGGAAAAUUCGAAAAUCUAGGAUUUUUUGCGCGAUUUCAGAAAAGACUUUUAAAUUUUUUAAUUUUUGAAUUCAAAAUUCAUAACCUAACCCCCUCUAAAUUUCCAGGACUUCAAGCCCGAAAUGAUGAUGCAACACGGACCAAUGGGCCCAGUUCUCAUGGACCAAGCCCACUUCUAUCAUCCCUACUCGCUCGAAGGAAUGAAGAAGCGAAAUGCGACAAAAGAAGCCACCGAGCCGCUGAAAAUCUGGCUCCGCGCUCAUCAGAAAAAUCCCUAUCCAACGAAGGGUGACAAGGUUUUGCUGGCCAUGCAAACACGUAUGACAUUAACACAGGUUGGUUAUUUUUGUUUGGGCCAAGUGUACUUAGCACUAAUUCGUGUUUUCUUUACAUGUCCCGCAGUUUUAUUACGGGGGUACUAAAAAACAAUUAGUCUAGUAAUUUAUCUGAGCUUCUAUAUAUUCUUUUUCGCUAAUUCAAAAUUUGGCGCCAAGCCGCACCCUCUAGAAAAAACGACCUUUCUGAGUAACCAAAAAGAAAAACAUCGACAGUAAUCUAUUUAAUCGUAUCAUUUCUCUCCUAAUGUUUAUGUUUGACCAUCAAAAUAACUAGGUAUUCAUUCAGUGGCAAAAAAUGGAGAGAAAGAGAAACAAAAGAUGGUUGGACGAGAUAAACACACACACACAAAGUGUUAAUUAAUGUGUUUCAUUUCAAUUGUGACAAGUUUAGUUUAGUGUUUUCGAGAGAGAGAGAGAGAAAAAAGACAUUGAAAACGAAAACAUUUGAUUUCGAAACCAAGAAAUGUGGCGCGAAAAAAAAACUUAAUUAGAAAAAUCUCGGGGUUGGGCACCAAGAAAUUUUCGAAAUUUGGGCAUAGCUUCCGCAUCCCAGCUGAAAUGUCCAAAAAUCAUAGAAAGCUCGGAUUUCCCUGCAAUUCCAGCUAGAAAUCCCAGGAAAAUCCAAUUUUCUAUGAUUUUUUGCGCUAUUUCAGAAAAAAUGUUCGAAAUUUGGGCAAAGCUUCCGCGUCCCAGCUGAAAUGCUCAAAAAAUCAUAGAAACAUUGGAGAUUUCUUGAAUUCCAGCUAGAAAUCCCAGGAAAAUCCAAUUUUUUAAGAUUUUUUGCGCAAUUUCAGAAAAAUGUUCAAAAUUUGAGCAUAGCUUCCGCAUCCCAGCUGAAAUGCUCAAAAAUUCAUAGAGCAAUCGGAGAUUUCUGGAAUUUCAGCUAGAAAUCCCAGGAAAAUCCAAUUUUCUAUGAUUUUUUGCGCUAUUUCAGAGAAAACUAUUGAAAUUUGAUUUUUUCUAGGUUUUAGAAAAGAAAAAUCAAAUUUUUAUUCAAAAUUUGGGCAUAGCUUACGCAUCCCAGCUGAAAUGCUCAAAAAAUCAGAGAUUUCUGAAAUUUCAGCUAUAAAUCCCAGAAAAAUCCAAUUUUCUAUGAUUUUUUGCGCGAUUUCAGAAUGUGCUAGGUUUUAUUCCAUUAAAAUUCGAGUAGAGCUUUCGCGCUCUACCGAAGUCAGCCCACAAAAAUCCAAUUUUCGCGCAAUUUUCACACAAAAUUCCCCCAACAACCCAAAAAACAUUUCAGGUUUCCACCUGGUUCGCCAAUGCUCGCCGUCGCCUAAAGAAAGAGAACAAAAUGACGUGGUCGCCUCAAAACCGCCGCGGUGAUUGCGACGACGACGAUUUCGACAACGACGACGACGAUCUCAACCGCCCAUCCAGCUCAAAUUCAAUCGUCUCAACGCUCGACCUCAAAAUCGGCGCAAAACGCUCAAGUCCCUGUCCAUCCGGUGGAAGUUCCGAUGAUCUACUAUUAACCACAACACCCAAAAAAGCAAAGAUCUGGAGUAUUGCAGAUGUUGCAUCAGAGGAAAGUGACAAAAAGGUGAGAAAAUAUGUUUAUUUUCAAUACAUUAUUACACCGUGUCUGUAGCUGGCACAGAAUAAACAAAUUAUAAAUAUGUAUAAAGUAUAUAAAUAUACAUAUACAUAUAUACUUUUAUCGCUUGUCAAACACUUUUUAAACAUACAUUUGACAAAAAAAGGGAUGACAAAUAACUCAAACAUACUUAUGUUUUCAGGAUUCUUCCCCAUCUUCCGACGAAAAUACCGCAUCAAAUUUGCUUAGUGAAGCAAUGAGAUCGCAAAAAUCCUUCCAAGAAAAUCUAAUGGCAAUCGCUCGACACAAUCCACAUCUCAUGGCUUCAAUGCGAAUGAUGAACCCGGCCGCUGGAUUCAUGUUCAAUCCAAUGCAAAUGUUCGCAUUGAACAUGCAACAACAAGCGGCGCAAGCUGCGGCUGCUGCGGCGGCUGCUGCGCAAAAUGCGGGUAGUGGAAAUGGAUUGAAUUUGACUACUUCUACAACACAAAAUGCUUCAUCACAAGGUAAAUUUUGAGGGUUUUGGAUGGAUUUUAUGAGAAAUUUGGGCAUAGCUCACCUGAAAUGCCCAAAAAAUCAUAGAAAUCUCGGAUUUCCCUGCAAUUUCAGCAAGAAAUUCCAAGAAAAUUCAAUUUUUUAUGAUUUUUUGCGCAAUUUCAGAGAAAACUAUUGAAAUUUGAUUUUUUCUAGGUUUUAGAAGAGUUAGAAUUCAAAAUUUGGGCAUAGCUUCCGCAUCUCACCUGAAAUGCGCGAAAAAUCAUAGAAAUCUCGGAUUUCCCUGCAAUUUCAGCUAGAAAUUCCAGAAAAAUCCGAAAAUCUAUGAUUUUUUGCGCUAUUUCAGAAAUUCAUUCAAAAUUUGGGCAUAGCUUCCACAUCUCACCUGAAAUGCCCAAAAAAUCAUAGAAAUCUCGGAUUUCCCUGCAAUUUCAGCCAGAAAUUCCAGUAAAAUCCGAAAAUCUGUGAUUUUUUGCGCUAUUCCAGAGUUUGAAUUCAAAAUUUGGGCAUAGCUUCCGCGUCCCACCUGAAAUGCCCAAAAAAUCAUAGAAACUUCGAAUUUUGCUGCAAUUUCAGCUAGAAAUCCCAAGAAAAUCCGAAAAUCUAUGAUUUUUUGCGCUAUUUCAGAAUUUCAACUCAAAAUUUGGGCAUAGCUUCCGCGUCCCACCUGAAAUGCCCAAAAAAUCAUAGAAAAAUUGGAUUUCCCUGCAAUUUCAGCCAGAAAUUCCAAGAAAAUCCAAUUUUCUAUGAUUUUUUGCGCUAUUUCAGAAACUCCAAAAAUCGAGCAAAGUUUAUACACAAAAAGUUUCCACCCCAAUUUCAACGAAUCCCGCUUAUCAUCAAAACGUUCACCAAAUCAAGAGCAACUUAUUUCAAUAAGUCGACAAGUUAAGCCGAUUUGUCUCGAUUCAACACAAAAAACUGAUAGUAUAGUACAUAGAUAGGUGUUCAUUGACAUGUCAAACAUAAAUUGACAGCAUUUCGCUUUUAUCUAUCUACACAAAAAACGACAAGUUUAUGAUUUACGACGGGGGAAAAGUACGAAAAAGGGUUCCCAAAAGUGACCUAACGGGGAUUAGUUUUAAUGCACCGGGGUUCCUGGUGUUCUUAAAAAUGAUUUAUGAGCUUCUACAUUUUUUGUUAGUUUAAAAAUAUAUAUAAUAUUUUUAUAGGUUUGCAAUCUGAAGAAUCUGGAACAACACCAACUUCUGAAGCAUCGCCAGCGGCUUCGCCAAAAUCUGCACCAAUAAUUUCGCCAGCUCCUCCAAGGACAGCCACCCCAGCCUAUUAA